AUGCGAUGUGGAAUAGCGCCAGAAAUAGUGAAUCACACAUUGUUUGAAUGCCCUCCUGCACUUCAAGUCUGGGCAUUAUCGCCAAUUCCAACGGUCCCUUCCCAGUUCCCAACGGGAAGUAUUUUUGGAAAUCUGGCUCACCUUUUUUGGGAGCUGCCACAAGAUGACAUGAUGGAGAUUUUUCCUUGGCUAGUCUGGUAUAUUUGGAAAUCCCACAAUGAUAAGGUGUUAAGCAACAUAGAUUGGGACCCUUAUGAUAUUAUUACGAAAGCGACAGGGGAGGCAUUGACUUGGAAAAAAGCCCAAGAAAAACAAGAGAUGGGAAGCCCAAGGUUAGAACCCUCUGUGGAGAUUGUUACUUCGGGUGACCGUUGCCAAGUGGACGGGGCAUGGAAGGAAACAGACUGCAGGGCCGGACUGGGCUGGUUUUAUUUUAAUACGGAAACGAGGAGCAAGCUUAUGGGCACACGUAACCUGAGACGAGGUAUAUCAUCACUUCAGACCGAAUUAGAGGCUCUCAUUUGGGUUAUGCAGUGUAUGUUAAGGCACAACAAACUAACGAUAGUAUUUGAGACGGAUUGUUCCGAUUUGAUGAAGAUGGUGUCUACGCCAGAGGAGUGGCCGGCUUUUGCUAUCCUACUUGAAGAGAUUGACAGAUGCAAGACGAGGUUUUCCUCUUUCACCAUCGUCCACAUACCCCGGGCAAACAACACGAAGGCAGACAAGCUAGCACGUAGUGCUCGAGCUCUACCUACUGAUGUGUAUUAUGUUAACUCUGUUUCACCAACUUGGAUCUCCGAGUUGCUUUAG